AUGUUGUUUACCUCUUCUUCUCACUCUGUCUUUUCUCGUCAAUCGUUUCUUCCAAUUAAGGGUUUUCUUCGUCCUCCAACACUUCGUCCUUUUCCCUCAACAACCAUUCGGAUCUCAAAUUCUCGUAUCAAUUCACCCAACAACAACAACAAAUUGAGUAUUCUGUGCUUUAGGCAUGAAGAGUAUCAUUCUUCAGAAACGCCGAAACCUGAGAUUAUAGACCAUUGUCUUCAUGAGGAGUUGGUGCAAUCUGAAUCCAAGGAGCCUAGUGUUACCAAAAGGGACUGGAAGUCAAUCUUUCCGAAGGUUGCAAAUGAAGUAUUCAAUGGGAUUGGUAAACGAUGGGUUGUACCAUGGAGUGCAAUGACAAUAUUAAAAGUUAUGCUUCUUUGGACAUCAGCAUUUUGGUUUAUUGGAUCUUGGAUGAUCCCUUUUGCAGCUCAUAUAACCGGCUUUAGCAAGGAUUCUUUGACAUUUAGAGGACAGGCACUGUUUAGUCUUGUCACUGAUGUAACCGAAGGACUAGCCGGUAUGGCAAUUCUUGUCCGAUGUCUUUCAAGAUUCCGUCCUCUUCCCCCCGACUGGUUCAAGUUUAGCCCGAAAGGGUAUUGGCAAUUCGACGUCGUAAUGGGAUGUCUCAUGUUUCCUCUUGUCAAUCGGCUAUCUCAAUUCAACCUUGACCUACUACCUAUCUUACCAUCUACACAGAUCACCCUUUCAAGCGUUGAACAAUCGAUAAAAGCAAGGGAUCCCGUGGCAAUGCUGUUGUAUGCAAUUGUAGUAUCCGUCUGCGCUCCUGUGUGGGAGGAGAUAGUUUUCCGCGGCUUUCUACUCCCGUCUCUCACCAAAUACAUGCCUGUAUGGUGUGCAAUACUGGUAAGUUCGGUUGCGUUUGCGCUUGCACAUUUUAACAUACAGAGGAUGCUGCCACUUAUAUUUCUUGGGAUGGUGAUGGGUGUUAUAUUUACAAGGUCAAGGAAUUUAUUACCAUCAAUGCUGUUGCAUAGUCUUUGGAAUGGCUUUGUCUUUUUAGAUUUGAUGAAAUAG